AGGAGAAGCCAAACAAGCAAAAGUUUCCUCUGACUCGCGAAAAGAGGAGUCGACAUGGAUGAAAAGGAGCUGUUUGUGUGAAUAAACCAAAAGACUGACGAAAACACGCAGCACACGGUAAAAGAAUGAUAACAUAGCUAGCACUUUGUGUUGUGUUGUAUGAGAGGAAAACCUCAACUGUGGGAAAGUUUGAAGGCAGGGACCGCGGCUAUGGCGCGGGACAGCGAAGACCCCGGGAUGGCCAAAGCUUCAAAAGUCAAACGGCAAAGAAAGAAGAAACCCAAGGAGAACAAAACCCGGACUGUCCACGCGAACAUACUGUAUGACCACGCCAAAGGGGAGGAAAACCCAAACCGACACUAUGCAAACAACAAGAUUAAGACGACCAAAUACACAGUGCUGUCUUUCCUGCCAAAGAAUCUCUUUGAACAGUUUCAUAGGUUCGCCAAUGUUUACUUUGUUUUCAUCGCUUUGCUGAAUUUUGUUCCAGUGGUCAAUGCCUUUCAGCCAGAACUGGCCCUGGCUCCUGUAGUUUUUAUUUUGUCUGUCACUGCCAUCAAAGACUUAUGGGAGGACUACAGGAGACACAGGUCGGAUAAAGAAAUCAAUCACAUGGAUUGUCUGGUCUACAGCAGAGCGGAGAGACGCUAUGUGGAGAAGUACUGGAAGGAGCUGCGGGUGGGAGACUUCAUCAAGCUGCGAUGCAACGAGAUCCUCCCCGCGGACGUUCUGCUGCUGAGCUCCAGCGACCCCGACCGCCUGUGCCACAUCGAGACCGCCACACUGGACGGAGAGACCAACCUCAAGCAGAGGCAGGUCGUCCGCAGCUUCUUUGAUCUGGAUUGUGAUUUUGACCCCUUGAAGUACAACGGCAUCAUUGAAUGUGAAAAGCCCAACAACGACCUGAACAGAUUCCGAGGCUACAUAAUCCAUCGAAGUGGCAGAAGAGAUGCACUUUACAAAGAAAACCUGCUGCUGAGAGGCUGCACCAUCCGCAACACAGAGGAGGCUGUGGGAAUAGUCAUUUACGCAGGUCAUGAGACCAAAGCCAUGCUAAACAACAACGGCCCGCGCUACAAGCGUAGUAAACUGGAGAGACAGAUGAAUGUAGAUGUGUUCUGGUGUGUCAUCAUCCUGCUGGUCAUGUGCCUGUUUACUGCUGUUGGUCAUGGGCUGUGGAUGUUUCAGUACGGAGAUAAGAGACCUGUGUUUGACGUUCUUAGUCCAGAGGGGACAGACAUAUCACCCAUCAUGUCAGCCAUUUAUCUCUUCCUCACCAUGAUCAUCGUCUUUCAGGUGCUGAUACCCAUCUCGCUUUUUGUGUCGAUUGAGAUAGUCAAGAUCUGCCAAGUGUACUUCAUCCAUCAGGACAUGGAUCUAUACGACGAGGAGACGGACUCUCACCUGCAGUGCAGAGCUCUUAAUAUCACCGAGGAUCUCGGCCAGAUGCAAUACAUCUUCUCUGACAAGACGGGCACUCUGACGGAGAAUAAGAUGGUGUUUCGCCGCUGCACUGUGGCAGGGGUGGAGUACUCCCAUGAUGCCAAUGCUAGAAGACUUGCUAUGUACCAGGAGAUGGAUUCUGAGGAGGAAGAGUGCACGUCUCACGGUGGCACUCUGCCCAGGCGGGACAGUGUGACCAGCCACCAGAGCGCCCGAGUGGUGCUGCGCUCCCACAGCACAAAGUCCCACCGCAGGACAGGCAGCAGGGCGGAGGCCAAGCGAGCCAGCAUCCUGUCUAAGCACACGGCCUUCAGCAGCCCCAUGGAGAAAGAUAUCACCCCCGACCCUCAGCUCCUGGACAAAGUCAACGAAUGCAGCAGUCAGUUGGACUUCAUGCGCUUCCACAGCCAGCCUGUGUCCCAGCUGCCCUCUGACCUCGCCGACAUCAUUGAUUUCUUCAUCGCUCUCACUAUCUGCAACACGGUGGUGGUGUCCUCCCCCAACCAGCCCAGGCAGAAGGUCCGGAUGAGGUUUGAGCUGAAGUCUCCAGUUAAGACCAUCGAGGACUUCAUAAAACGCUUCACCCCCAGCCGCCUGACCUCAGGCUCCAACAGCAGCAGCUCCUCCAGCCUCAUCACCAACCGCUCCUCCAACAAGGGAUGCUCCAGCUUGCUGUCCUCCCCGUCUGCAGAGAGCACGCUCACCAAACUGAACGAGGAGCAGCCUCACGGAGGCCUGGAGCACGCCUUCAGCACCAUGCCACCCUGCUACGACGGGAAGGGGUGGAACAUAGAGGAGGGCGAGCUGCGCUAUGAAGCCGAGUCCCCUGACGAGGCUGCGUUGGUGUACGCUGCCAGGGCCUACAAGUGCUCCCUCGUCGGACGCCUCCCUGACCAGGUGACUGUGGAGCUGCCACACCUGGGGAAGUUGAGUUUUGAGUUGCUGCACACACUGGGCUUCGACUCCACCAGGAAGCGCAUGUCUGUGGUGGUCAGACACCCUCUGACGGAUCAGAUCACGGUCUACACUAAAGGCGCAGACUCUGUCAUCAUGGACCUCAUCAAACCCCCCGACACAGGAAAUUCCAAAGGGAAACGCCAGAAAAAGAUUAUCAGCCGGACCCAGAACUACCUGAACCUGUAUGCUGCAGAUGGCCUUCGCACACUGUGCAUUGCAAAAAAGAUUCUGAGCAAAGAGCAAUAUGCCUGCUGGCUGCAGCGUCACCUGGAGGCUGAGACGGCCAUCCAGGGAAGAGAGGAGCUACUCUUUGACUCGGCCCUGAGGCUGGAGACAAACCUGCAUCUUCUGGGAGCGACAGGUAUUGAGGACAGGCUACAGGAUGGCGUGCCUGAAACCAUAGCUUCUCUGCGGAAGGCCGGCCUGCAGAUAUGGGUGCUGACGGGCGACAAACAGGAAACAGCUGUAAACAUUGCGUACGCCUGCAAGCUGCUGGACCCUGAGGAGGAGAUCCUGACACUGAAUGCUGAUUCUCAGGAGGCGUGUGCGUUGUUACUGGAGGAGAGUUUACACUACAUCCAGGCCAAAUUCCUCUGCAGCUCUACAGACCACGCCGCCAAGGCCUUCCAGAGUAACUUUGCACCCUUUGAGAUCUACCCCUCCUCAUCCCUUUCCUCCUCCUCCCACACUGCUCCCUUCAUGGUGCACCGGCUGGGCCUGGUGAUUGACGGGCGGACAUUGGCCUACGCCCUGGAUAAGAGUUUGGAGGAUAAGUUUCUGGCUGUUGCGCGGAGCUGCCGCUCAGUGCUCUGCUGCCGCUCCACGCCGCUGCAGAAGAGCAUGGUGGUCAAACUGGUGCGGAACAAGCUGAAGGUCAUGACUCUCGCCAUAGGUGAUGGGGCCAAUGAUGUCAGCAUGAUCCAAGUAGCGGACGUGGGUGUGGGCAUCUCGGGACAGGAGGGCAUGCAGGCGGUGAUGGCGAGUGAUUUUGCUCUCCCACGUUUCCGGUAUCUCCAGAAGCUCCUGCUGGUUCACGGACACUGGUGCUACUCACGACUGGCCAACAUGAUCCUCUAUUUCUUCUACAAGAAUGCUAUGUUUGUAGCGCUCAUCUUCUGGUAUCAGUUCUACUGCGGAUUCUCAGGUUCAGCCAUGAUUGAUCAGUGGUAUCUUAUCUUCUUCAACCUGAUGUUCUCCGCCUUCCCACAACUCAUCACUGGCACUCUGGACAAAGACGUGUCAGCAGAGACCCUCCAACAACUACCUCAGCUCUACGUGAAUGGCCAGAACUCCGAGGAAUAUAAGCCAUAUAUGUUCUGGAUGAACAUGAUUGAUGCCUUCUACCAAAGUCUGGUCUGCUUCUUCAUCCCGUACUUUGCCUAUGCUGACUCUGAUGUCGAUCUGUUUACAUGGGGAACGCCCAUCACCACGCUAGCCUUAUUCACCAUCCUGGUCCACCUGGGCAUUGAGACCAAAACCUGGACCUGGACGAACUGGCUGUCUAUCGCCUUCAGUGUCGCCUUAUUCUUCACAGUGGCGCUGUGUUACAACUCCUCCUGUCCCACCUGCUACUCCCCCUCAAACCCCUACUGGACCAUGCAGAGGCUGCUGCAGGACCCCCUCUUCUACCUGCUCUGUGUCAUCACACCUGUAGCAGCGCUGCUGCCCAGAUAUUUCUACAGGGCGUGUCAAGGCACGCUGUUUCCCAGCCCAGUCCAAGUUGGAAGACAGUUGGAUAAACUCCCCUCUGAAACCCGCAGGAACAUUCUGAGCCUCAGCAGGGUCAAGGUGGGGUCACCGCUCAGCCCCAAGCCUCCCUUCCUGUCCCUUACCAAGCCCUCCCCUAAAGGUUGCAAUAAAAAAGACCAGAGGAGCUUCCCCAGCUCCAAGACACAACAGGGGCCCUUUUUACAAACAGAUGAACAAGGCCAAAGAAGCCCGCUGGGGCCAACAAACAGUGAGAGGGGCCUCUCAGAUCUCUACACAUCAGUUCCUACAGAAAAAGACACACUUCCUUACACCAAAGACGCUCCUAAGCUCUCGAGGGAGCCACAGCCUCCUCCCACCAAAGACUCCGAGUGUCUGGAUAAGACUUUAGAGGCGUCAGAUCUGAGUCUGUCCAGCUGGAUCACCUCCACGCCCCUGCUCUCACCGUCAGACAGCGUCCAGCUGAACCUGCCCCCUGACGGAGACUCACAGUGUGUCAAAUACACGAGGAACUCAGAGGAAAGACUCCAGUCUGACCACAGCGUUCAUCCAGCACAGAGGACAGAGCAGGUGGCAGAACAGUCGCUGCACACCAUCUUGUGAUGUCUCACAGUCUUAAGCAUGUUACUCAGAUUUGCACGAUAGUUUUUUGAAAAUCUAAUUUUAUUGUAUUUUUCAAGGAGAUUCUUUUAUUAAAGAUGCAGAUAGGUACUUUAUAUUUUGGACGUUUCAAGCUAAAGAUGUUUUUGAGGUUUGGGAGAUGGAAGAACUGGAAUAUCUCCUCUUUUGUUUUUUUUAAAAUCCUGGAAAUUUUUUAUGUCAAAGAUGCAUCUCAGUAGAUGAUCAGGUUUUAUUGUAAAGACGAGCAGAGUAGAGACAUUCCACAGCUGGCCUAUUUGGGAGUUUUUUAUUUUCUUUCUCUGAAAUGAUUCUCUGUUCGUUCUUUCUGCUUCACCUGUAAAUGCGUUAAGACCAGGAUCAGACGCCACCGCGGCCUUGAAUCAGUGUUGAUAUUACUGAGAAGAGAUUUUUUUAUGUUUUCCACAGAAACACGUUUCAGUACAGAUUCUCAAAGAGUUUUAUCUUUACGUAAACCGGUGGCAUUGGCUCAGCGCAUGUUUCAGUCUUGUUGCUGGAUUUGCAACAUUUGUUUGCUAAAUUUUAAAGACUGAAUAGCGUGUUUACAGCUGUUCUGUCACAUAGUACAUUCCACUGAAUAGUUCAGAGAGCUGUUGACUUUAGAUAUGAUCAUGCAUUAUGAGCAUUCACCAAGAAAAUUUAAUUUCAGUCUUUAUACAACAACAAUCUACCAGUAAUGAUGCUCUGCUUGAGUGUGUGUGUUUGUGCUUGUGUGCGUGUGUGGCUGCGUCACUGUGUGUGUGUUGUUAGUGUGUGAGUGUGUGUGUUCGCUGACUCAUUGGAUCUGUUUUAACAGUGCCAGCCAGUUUCACAGUAAAAGAAUAGUUUGACAUUUUUAUUUGCUUUAUUACAGAGGGUCAGAGGAGGAGAUUGAUACCACUCUCAUGUCUGGCCAUUUAAUAUGAAGCUAAUAGCAGGUGGCUCUGUCCUAACAACAGCAAAAUCUGCCUACCAGCACAUCUAAGCUCAUUAAUUAACAUUUUAUGACUUGAUUGUUUAAUCCAUACAAAGACUUGAAUCUUGUUGUUGUUGUUGUUGUGAACCGGUGAAAACUCAAAGAAGUCACUGCACCCAGCCAGGAAAUAGUCAGACAUUUAAUCCCUGUAAUGACACAGAAUGUUGUCUCUAUAUGGCAUUUUUCAUACAUGUCAAUUAGUGGGCUUUAGGGGUGUUGUUACAUUUGCACAUUUCUAGGGUAUCUGUGUUUCUAAAGUGACGUAGUAUAUGACUGACUCUUCCAUCAGGAGGUGGAGGGGAUGAUAAAUGGCACCUAUACAGAACGCCUGCCUUACUGUGGACCACAAAAGACCACUGUUCGAGACCAGCAAACAACAAAAGAAGUUGUUUUCUAGCGAGUUAUUGCUGCGUUUCCAGAGGCUCCAAAUGUGGGUGUUUUGUAGCAACCUGCCAGGGUUUUUCCGCUGUUUUUUUAGACGCCAUAUGUGGAUGUUUUGUAGCGACCCAUCAGUAUUUUUCCAGCAGUUCUGUAAGGCACCAACCAGAUGUUUUGGAGCAACUCAUUGGUGUUUUUUAUUAUUUUUUUUAUUUUUUUUAUUUUUUUUUUUCACCGAACGUGCAACAUUUUGUAGCGACCCAUCUGUGUUUUUCCACUGUUUUUUUUUAGGUGCCAAACGUGGAUGUUUUGUGGCGACCCAUCAGUGUUUUUCCAGCAGUUCUUAAGGCACCAAUCAGAUGUUUUGGAGCGACUCAUUUGUGGGGUUUUUUUAUUUGUUUUUUUUUUCACCAAACAUGCAACGUUUUGUUGCGACCCAUCUGUGUUUCUCCACUGUUUUUUUUUUUUAGCCACCAAACGUGACUGUUUUGUAGUGACCUGUAGGUGUCUUUCCAGUUGUUUUUUAGGCGCCAAUCACGGGUAUUUUGUAGCAACCCAUCAGCGUUUUCCAGUAGUUUUUUAGGCACCAAACAUGCAUGUUUUGUAGCAACUCAUUGGUGUUUUUCAAGUGUUUUGUUUAGGUGCCAAACACUGGUGUUUUCUUGCGACCCAUCAUCGUUUUUUUAGCCACUAAAUGUGACUGUUUUGUAGUGACCUGUGUUUUUCCAGUAGUUUUUUAAGCACCAAACAUGCAUGUUUUGUAGCAACUCAUUGGUGUUUUUCAAGUGUUUUGUUUAGGUGCCAAACACUGGUGUUUUCUUGCGACCCAUCAUCGUUUUUUUAGCCACUAAAUGUGACUGUUUUGUAGUGACCUGUGUUUUUCCAGUUGUUUUUUUAGGUGCCAGACAUGGGUGUUUUGUAGUAACUCAUCUUUUUCCAGCGCUUUUUUAGCCACCAAAUGUGACUGUUUUGUAGUGACCUGUAGGUGUCUUUCCAGUUGUUUUUAGGUGCCAAUCACGGGUAUUUUGUAGCAACCCAUCAGUGUUUUCCAGUGCUUUUGUAGGUGCCAAACAUGGAUGUUUUGUAGUCACCUGUAGGUGUUUUGCCAGCUGGGAUAGCGGCACAAAAACCCAUAGAGACGUUAUUGCUUUUCCAGCGGGGACCACACUCCCAAAAGCGGGUAUUUAACCCAAAACAUGAUAUUUUCCGAACAAUGGACAGUUGGUUUUGUGACUAAACAAAACAACACGUCAACCACAGCAUUAUGAACUUAAAGUUUCAGCGUAUCUGCUGCAAAUGAGUAACAUGCAAAUAUAACUAUCUGUGGUUUGCAGAAAUGGAAAAUUCUAACAUUUGUUCUGGUGAUUGGGUCGUGUUGUGUUUCCCAAUGGUUUUCAGUCUUUAUGCUAAGCUAAGGUUACCAUCUCCUGACUUCAUAUUGAGUUUACAGACAUGAGAGUGGUAUCAAUCUUUUGUUCUCAUUUUCAGUGAGAAAGCAAAUAAUGUUUCCUAGAAUCUGUAACUAUUCCUUUAAGCACUGUACCGUAGGUUGACAACAAGCUACCAUCACGUUUCAUAACAAGUUUACUUGAAGGUCCUGUUCUAAGGUUUUUUUCAUGUGCUGAGUUUAUCUCAACAGUCUCAUCUUAUGUUCUGCUGGUGCUCAGCUGUCGACCAAAAAACUCUUUGGUGAAAGAAAGUCUUUCCCAAAUGUAAAAGUUGCGGCUUUAAGAUUUAAUCUUGCACUUUGAAAGCAUUAUUUUAAAAUUGCUGUAGAGUAUUGUUGCUGAUGGCAUCAUGUUCCCUGCUCAGACGCAGUUUUAUUUCCUCAUGAUGCACUUGACAUCAUGCACAGACUAACUAGUAAAAGUAUGGAGAAUUGGAAAGAUGCUACAGUGCAAUUAUUAAGCAUUUAAAGCAGCAGCACCUUUAAUAUUUUAUGAUUGUUGUAUCUCUUGUGUCAUUGCAGUACAUUUUUAUAAAGUGUAUCAUUUACCAAAGAUCAUUUAUAUUUCUGUAUUUUCGAAGCAAUGUGCCUUAACACUGGAUAAGAAAUUACAAGUCUAAGAGUUUGCUCACGAUGCUGAAGCUGUAUUUGUUUAAAGAUGACACUGCAUCUUUGUUCAACGAGGAGCAUCUUGUGUUGAUGAUAUUUAUGAGGCUACAUGCGAUGUGGUUUCUUCUCCACCUGUCUGUUUUUGCACACAGUGCCUUUUUUCUGGCAUGUUGUUCACAUUCUGACUCUGCAGUCUGUCCACUUUGUUUUAUGGGUUCUGUCUGUUCUGUGCUUUUGGCGUCACGCUUAAUGUGCCAGACUGAAGCUCGAGUGUAUUCACUGCUGAAUUUCAACACUUCUCACAGAUUCCACACAGGAACCUUCACCCUCGCUGCACACUGCACGUUAUCUGAGCUCCAUUUGUUGGGUUUUUCAUUUGUAUUUUGGUUACAUGGUAGGCCUCCUGUAAGCUUCACAGUUUGCAUUGUAGAUGCGACAAAUUAUCUGCUGUUAAAUGACAGAGUGCUGCGGAAGCCCCUGAGAGGCAUGUAAGAAAGAAAUAUUGUGGUGAUCCAUUUUCUGAAUUGUUUACUCUCCUGUGUUUACGACUUAAAGGUCCAGUGUGCAGGAUUUAGGGGGAUAUAUUGGCAGAAGUUAGAUAUAAUAAGUACAUUUUCUUAAGUGUAUGAUCACCUGAAAAUAAGAAUCCUGUUUUGUUACCUUAGAAUGAGCUGCUUAUAUCUACAAAGGGAGCAUCUCCUCGUCAGUGGAGAUUGGCAUCUUGCACUGCCAUGUUUCUACAGUAGCCCAGAGCAGACAAACCAAACGCCGGCUCUAGACAGGGCCAUUCGUAUUUGUGUGUCAGCCACCAGAGUUCGCAGACCCUCUGUGACGAGCAGUGUCAGGAAAACACUGAUUUUUGUAACUUGAAACUGCUUUAUUCAGUGUUUUUACCAGUUUAAAUCUCCUGGUCUGUUUGUUUUAGAGAGGAAGAGACACCUACAGAGAAUUUAGCUGCUGGUAAAAACCUCCUGAACGUCUAGAUCAGAAAAAGGCGAUAGUAGCCUGUCUGCAAAGAGCCAAACGGCAUAGAAGAAACACUCAUUUGUAACAUGACACUGCUUUGUUCAUUGUUUUCAGGGGUUUUAAUCACCUGGUCUGUUUGUUUUGGCGAGGACGAGACUUCUGCGGACAAUUCGGCUCAUGUUAGAAACCUCCCAAACGCCGAAGGACUGGUUGCAAUCUGCAGUCCUCACAGCUGUAUGCCACUAAAUCCCCCUAAAUCUUACGCACUGGACCUUUAAGAGAAAAUGGAAAAAAAAAAAAAAGAUUCCUUAAAGUUCCUUUUUUAUCAUCUGUAAAACAGGUGGGAUAAAAAGUUUUUCUAGGAUUUCAGUUCUCAAUAGGACUAAAAGCAUUCAUGUUUUCUGCCAGCUGAAAGACACGACAGUGAUGUUACAUAACAUGUUGGCAUGAGUACGGAGGAAUUCAAAUUCACCUGAAAGAAAACAUCCAUUUUUAUGUGCUUAUCCAGGGCCGGGUUGCUCUCGGGCAGCAGGCCAAGCAAAGCACCUCAGACCCCUCUCCCCAGCAGCGCUUUGAAAGAAAACAUGAACGCUUUUAGUCCUGUUUAGAACAUUGGGUAGUGGCACACUUGUCCCUCUUGUGGCCAACGUGAGUAUUACAACAAAAACAAAAACGCCUGCCAAAUGUUUUCCCCAUCUGUUUUCACAGAUGAAAAAAAGUAACUUAGAAAAAUGAUCCUGUUAAAGCUUUUUUUUCUCCCACCUGUUUGACAGAUGGAAAAAGGGAAUUUAGAAACAUCCUGGUCAAUCCUUUUUUCACCUGUUCACAGGAGAAAAACAAUUUAGAUCAAACUAAGAUGACUCAGGGCUUCCAUAGAGUUCAGUAUCGUGCCUUGGUAUCAGUCUAGAUAUGUAGUAGACACAAGAUCACACAGAGUACUAAAAUCUGCAGCCCACAUCAGCAACAAACAUCAAUUUGGGAAAACUUUAGGUUUUAAAUAUUCACAUUGUUCUUUCAGUUCUUUGUCUUUGGAGUAAUUGGAGGUUACUAGUACCGUGGCUACUUGUGAACAAAAUAAAAAUGGUAAUAAUAAAGUAUUUAUCCUUUGCUACCUGUUUGUCUGUUCAGGAAAAUGUAUUCUUUGCUUAAUAAAAUGUCUCAGUCCUCAAUUUUCA